UUAUCCACAGAGAACACAUUUCCUGGUGUCCAAUUUCGAAUAUACGCAAUGAAGAACAUACGUUUCUUAGUUUUGUUACUGGUUGGAAUUGUAGGAGUGUAUGCUAAAAGCGUGGACCGCACACCGUUUGUGGUCAAUGGACAAUUUGCUGACUAUGUACCCCAUAAUGCGUACAUACUUUUUAUGACCGAGCAACUGGCUGGAUUUUUCGGAGGUGGUUCACUAAUAAGUAAUCGUCACAUACUGACCGCUGCUCAAAACAUCCUAGGAUACUCCAUUUGGGACAUCGGCUUAGGAGGAAAUUCGAUCUUUGCUAACCAAGUAUUCUACAGAUCCAGAAAUGCUGUCAUGCAUCCUCAGUUCAACGCUACCACCAGGCAGAAUGAUAUCGGAAUCAUUUUUUUGCCCAACACGAUUGAUAUCAGCGGUACACUUAUCCGGAGAAUACCACUUUCCCCUGCAGCUACAUCGCUAAGAUUACCACUAGAAAACGAACAAGGUUACGUAGUAGGUUACGGAAACAACAGAAUUCCAGGUCCUAAUAGUUACCUUCUGCAAGGUUUUCAACGGGUUAACAGCGAAACUCGUUGCAAGCAGUUUUAUCAGGUGCAAUCGGAUCGGUUCUGCGCCGAAGAUGCUCUCGUGAAUGCUUGCAAUGGUGACAUCGGAGCUGGAUUCGUUGUGCACAUUAAUAACCAGCAGAUCCUGACAGGUAUUGCUUCUGCUAUCAUGGACAAUUGUAGUCCCGGAAAGCCAACCCUGUACACCCGAGUGCAGCACUAUCUGGACUGGAUUCAGCUCAUCACGGGUCCGCUAGCGUAAAAUUCCACUACAAGGGUGAAUAUGCUGAAGGAUCUGUGAUAGAAAGAUUUAUUGCAAAUAUCGAAUUAACAUAGAUUAAUUUAUUGUAUCUUAAAAUAAAGCCACUUAUCAAACGAAA